UGCCAAUUACUCGUCAGUCAGUCGCACGCACCAUCCGUCCAUCGGACCCACUAACGUCUCAACCCACACCGUCUCCUGAUCUCGAAGAGAUGCAGGUCAGCAUUAGGAUGAAGACCUUGAACGACAUCACGCGACACCUGCCCACACAUGUGACCUCAAUGGCACACCGCCGUGCUGCUGGCUGCCUCUCUCUGACCUCAUCAACGGUGAAUCGUUCCCUCAGCAGGGCCAUAAAGGUCUCGUACUUAUCAACAAACCUACACACACAGCCAGACAGAAACCCAUACACAUCACAUCGACAGUCUGUCGACAGCAGGCUUUUUGACCGUAUUACCGUAUCCUCAUGGUGAGUAUGAUUCGGGUGGCAGGAGUGGAUGCAUCAGGCGACGGACGGCACAGGCGAUCAAGAGUGUCCACCAACAGGCCGAAAUCCUCCUGCACCAGCCAUCAAGAAGGGCAGGACGGAUGUCGAUGGCAGGCAGGUGCGCUGCACACGGAUUGUAUGCAAUCAAUUCUCACCUCUUGAUAGACGAGAUCCGAGCACAGGAUGAGCGACGGGGGAGAGGUGGGACUACAGGCGUCAAUGUCACUGCCUCCCUCAUCAGACCCACCUCCACGUGCCCUUCGGUGCAAUGACUUCAGAGCCGAUUCCAUCUGGUCACACUCACCCCUGAACUCACCACAACACAAACACACAUACAGAGAUGAGAAGCGCUUGCCUUGCAAGGGUUUGCAAUGCAUCACACACUGACCAGGACAACUCCGCGGCCGUGCAGUCGAAUGGCUCGUUAUCCGUUGUGGCCCGCCCCGCCUGACGCACCCUCUGCUGCAGCUCGAUGUUAGCAUCCAUCAGCGGCACCAGCUUGCGGAUGUCCGUCAGCACGGUCACAUAACCUGACACAACACAUUAGACACUACACACACGUCGACAAGUGCGCAAACACAUCGGCCAGCCGAUGUGCCCUCCCUCCCUUGGGGUACCUACCGAUGGAUGCGGCGACGAUGCCUGGCAGGCCCACACCGGCGCCCAGCUCGACGCAUGUGGGGCGGGGCGAUUCAGGUGGAAAUCUCUCGCCGCUGCUGGCCUUGCUGGGGUACCGAUAGAGGUAUCUUGACAGGAGAAGGGCGGCAUCCCACAGCAAGCCACCUACACAGCACACAAUAGAUAGACAACGAAGCAUCGCAAGCGAACGCAUACAGUACCCUGCGCUCGGUGCUGCAUGCCGCUGACCUACCUUUGCCGAGUCGGAAGUUCUGCCUGACAGACACCACACACCAGAGCAUCAUCACACAGCAUUGGACUACCUUAAUUGCCUUUGUUUCCAUCCAUCAUUCUCACGCACCUGACGAAGUAGCUGGCAUCCGGCGCAAUGUCACACCCUGCAUAUAUCGUGUGGCACCAAGAGAUAGAGGACAACAAGCACCUCUUGUCAUGCAUGUCUACUCUGUUCAUGUCAUUCUUCCCUUACUCAGCAGCCGGUGGCUGGCGAAUCGGUAGUCAUCGUAGACCUCGUAGGCCGCCGGAUCAAACACAGCCGCCUCCUGCAAGAGUGAAGUCAACUCAUCGCCUGACGCAGGAAGAUCAUUCAUGACGAUGGUUUCUUUGCUAUAGACAAUGAGUCAUUUGCUACGCUGCACGAUUCAUAGUGUCAACAACACUGCCGAUUACCAAG